GCGCGCAUGCGCGGCUGUCCGGGGGGCGGCCGGCGCCUCCGCCGCUCCGCCGCCCGCCCUGCCGGCCAUGUCCGAGGCGUAUUUCCCCGUGGGUCCCGGGCUGGGCUCCGAGGAGAACUUCUUGUCGCUGGACGACAUCCUCAUGUCGCAGGAGAAGCUGCCGGGUCGCGCCGAGAGCAGCCUGCCCCGCCUGGCCUUCGCGCUGGGCCAAGGGGCCGCCGGUGGCUCGGGCGACUCGAUCCCGGAGGGCUCAAAGCUGGAAAUACCGAUGUGGCUGGCUAAAGGGUUGCACGACAGCAAAAGAAGAAUAAUUUCGGUGGAACUGCCAAAGAUUUACAAGGAAGCCUGGAGGACAGUCUUCAGUGCUGAUGCCAACGUGGUUGAUUUGCAUAAAAUGGGGCCAUACUACUACGGGUUUGGCUCCCAGCUCCUGAAUUUUGACAACCCAGAGAAUCCCGAGAUAGCUCAGACUAUCCUGCAGACAUUUAUUAGCCGUUUUCGUCGUAUCAUGGACUCCUCUCAGAAUGCUUACAACGAAGACACAUCAAUGCUGGUGGCUCGGCUGGAUGAACUGGAGCGAGCCUUAUUUCGAGCUGGCCAGAAAGGGCUGAAUGACUUCCAGUGCUGGGAAAAGGGACAAGCUUCGCAAAUCACAGUUUCCAGUCUGGUCCAGAAUUAUGGGAAAAGAAAGUUUACGGAUAUGGAUGGUUAAAAUGCUGAAGAACAUGCAGCUGCUAUGAGGGACGCUGAGAGAUUUACGGUCUAUCACAGAAAAGAAAGAUGAGUCAGCUUUGGGAAAGGACGGACUCCUUGUCCAUUAAUGGGAAUUCUCUCUAAUGUCUUCAUAUUAGUCUAGUGCAAAUUUUAAAGGCAGACAGCAAGAAUAUAAAAAAUAGAUUGCAUCACAUCACCUGAUAGCUUUACAGCUUACUCAUACCACUCCUGAGGAUUUGUAGUUAUGGUGUUUGCUAAGAGGCUGAAAGGAUAUGAGAUGAUUUUCCAAAAGGGUAAUUGAUAUUUAUUAUUCUUUAUCUUCCAAAUUGAUAUUUACAGUGUCAGAUCUGUUUGGAAAAACGUGUAAUUCUUUGUAUUUUAUCCUUCCCAUUCCAUCCGCCUAGGAGCACGUUUCCAGCUUUCCCAUUCUUUGGAGAGCCCCAGUGAUGCAAAAAAAAAAACCAUGUACAAACCACACCGAAUUUUUCCCAUGUCUUGUACAUUGAGUUCUAACAGGUGCUCUCCAUGAGGCAGGGGUUCGUAUUGCUGGGUUUUGUACACAGUGUUAGUGCCGCAGAGAACAGAGUACUCAGAGUACUUUACCCACCCAGCAAGGGCAGUGGCCGCGCAGGUCUCGUGCUGCCUUGUCCUCUCUCUCCCUUUCAGCCCCUGCGGGCUCCAUGCCACGAGUGGUGGGGGAUGUUCCCAUUCGAUGCGAGUGGCAUUUGCAACGUGCGCGUCUCUGCCAUGGGUGUUGAGCUCCUCCAGUCGUUUUACAGAGGCAACAGAAGGCAAAAAAGAGGACAGGCUGGAUUAAAAGCAGCAACUUUUAAAAGUUGAAAGAAACUGCCCUCCGUUGUCAACCUCUGAGCCAUCUGUUUUUCCAUGAGAAAAUCUGAUUGCUAAAUGCAGUUGAUAGUGAAAGGACAAAGCAAGUGAGCUGAGUUUCCUUCUUUCUGGUCUAUCUGUAAAAUGAGCCUAGUAAAUGUCGUUGCUGCAAGUAGGAGCAACUGGAGUUGGAACUUGUUAAACAGCCCAGUGGUUACCGUCCUGCGUGCGUGUCCUUAAACCUUACGUGAAGUCACAUUUGAUGAAUGGGAAAUAGGAAACGUGGUUUGCUCUGUAGGAAGUGGUUCCUGCCAUGAUCCUUUGGAAGUGUGUAUUAACUGUUUUGUGGGUGCUUCUGAGCAUCUACAGAAGGUGGCCUUUGGAGAGUACCUAGGAGGAGGAUCCGGAUCGUAAUGGUACAGAGUGCUUCCUGCUCCGGGAAUCGCUGGGAGGUGGCGGCAGUCCUGACACAAAAUGGUCAAGAUUUGAUGUGCCAAGUCUUGUAGGAGUUGGUUCUGUGCUUGCAAAUGUGCCUGGAUAUCAGAUAUUUCAAACUGGAGAUCUCAAGUACGGCGUGUGGUCAUUCUGUGGGCCAGAGGAGUGAAAGCUCCGUCUGCGGAAGUCGCAAGAGGAGAUGUGGGGCUUCACAAGCACCUUGGCACCUGCCUGAGCAGCGCAGGGCUGGCUGUCCUGCUACAGGAGGCUAAUUGGAAGCUGUACCUGACAAAGUACAUCAAAUACGGGCAAGAAUGUUGCUGCACUUAAUGGCACGUAGUAGCCUAGGCAUUUUCUUGUAUCACUUGUAUAUUUUCUACUUCUGGAUUAUUAUGCUGAAUAAAUAUUUUUAUACAUUUUUCUUCA